AUGGUCAAGUUGGAAGAACUCGAGGACGAGCAUUUCCUCAACAAGCCCGAGGCCACAUCGGACGGAGCACUGCUAGUCGACGACGACGACGAUUACACUGAUACCGACUCCGAAAUCUCCGACGACGCCUCCGACGCCGGCGCCCUCGAAGAAUCCCUGAUCGACCGCCUCAGCGCGCUUCGCGACAUCAUCCCCCCCAAAACCCGCGCGCGCAUCACCUCCAUUUCCUCGUCUAUUGUCUCCGCCACAUCCUCAACCGUCAACUACUCCGGCAAGGGCCUGUGGGUGCUCGCCACGAGUAUUCUGCUUCUUGGAAUCCCCUAUGCCCUCGCCCUUGGUGAAGAGCAGCAGUAUAUGGAAGAGGAGAGGCAGCGGGGCAUGAUGGCCGAAGGUGCGCAGGGGUUGAUCCAGAGCGGCCAGGGCCAGGCCCAAGGUGAAGCGAAGCCGGCGUUGUAA